UCUUUCCAUUAACUUCUAUCUGAUUCAAUCAAUUUCAUUCAUAUAUUCUUGUCUGCCUUUUAUUAAGGGGAAAAUCUCGUUUUCUUUUGGUGUUUGUGUUGAAAAAAGAAGGAUCUUCCCUUUUCCUUUCCACUAUCUAAGCUUUAUUACUUGUCUCUUGCUGGUGGUGGCUUUCUUCUAAUCUUAUUUUAGUCUCUGUGCUGUCCGCUUUUUGAGUUUUUUUUUUUCCCUUCUGGUUGAUUUAUGCAAGAUAGCAAAAAGCUUUUAUUUGCAAUUUGUAGUGACAGAAAAACAACUCCUUCUUUUCCUAUCAUGUUUAUUAUGUUGCUGAAUGUGGGUCCUUUUUCUCCUUCAGUUUGUGACCAUCAUGCAAGAUAUUUAUGCUGUAAUGUUCUCUUUCAAUCGAAAACUAGUAUCCGUAAUAUAGCGCCAUCGGCGCCAUCAUCUUGGUUUUAUACUUUUAUCCGUCGUUUUUAUGUUGGUCCUAGCAUCGACUCUUUUUCUGUUGAUUAAUCAUUUGGGUUGUUGAAGCUAAGUUCUAAUUCUUCCUGUUGGCCUGUGCAGGUUUGAAAUCUCAGAUUUUGUUUGGGUUUUAAGAUAAUGCUGAGGAAGGUCAAGAGGGAUCAGAGUAAGGGAGAGCUCAUGCUUGAUCAUUGUUCAAAUUUCACACAGAAGCAUAAAAGCACUUCCUUUUUCAGGAUCCCCAGCUUAUUUGUGGGGUUUACUCCCAAGAGUGUUUCAGACUGUGAUUCCGUUAGGAGUCCAACUUCCCCUUUAGACGCUAUAAUUUUUUCUAGUUUUGGAUGCUCAUUGUGGUCACAAAAGUCAGAACCUGAUAGUUUCCAAAGCCCGAGGAAGAGCUGGUGUUCUGAAGGCAUAGGUCUUGGUAUUGUUGGCUCACUCACUGAUGUGGAAACCCGUCAGGCUGAAAAUUGUGCAGGGAAAUCCGAUACCAAGAACAUACUCUUCGGUUCACAGUUGAGGAUCAAUGUCCCUAAGGGCAGAAGGAGUCAAAACCAUUAUUUGGAUAAGAUAGUUCCUCCUAUAACAAGUCCCAAAUCUUUACCAAACUACGUCUUCUCUGCACAAAGCAGGAUUAAGUCUGGCCUUUCGAACUUGGGAUGUUCUCAGGUUCCAUCAGAGUCAAAUGCUUUCCCAUUGGAGGCCGGAAAGUCCAUUGAUCGUCGACCAUGUUCAUCUGGUUCUAUCCCAAACAGUGCUAGCUUCUUGUCGAGGCAUGCUCAAACGGACUUGCUCUGUUCUGAAUCAAAUGUGAAUUUGAACAAUUCUGCGUCGGACCUGCCUCAGUUAGACGUGGGGCUUCAUGGGUUCCCAACCAGUUCAAACUGCAAUCUCAGAUGUGCUCUAUCUGCAAGUGAAAUUGAGCUUUCUGAAGAUUACACAUGUGUGAUAACUCAUGGCCCAAAUCCUAAGACAAAACAUAUUUAUGGAGAUUAUAUCUUAGAGGAGAACUGUAUGUUUGAGAUUCCUGCUGGCAGCAAGCCAGACAAGAUGAACUCAGAUGUGACAUCACCUGAUUGCCAAUCUUUCCUGCUGGAUGAUUUCUUGAGCAUUUGUUUUGCUUGCAAAAAGAACUUGGUGCAAGGGGAAGACAUCUACAUGUACAGAGGUGAUAAAGCAUUUUGCAGUUCUGAGUGCCGGGCACGAGAGAUGAUUAUGGAUGAGGGAAUGGAGGAUACUCUGGAGACUUCACCGCCUCCAUCCAAAGCUGCUUCUUCCGAUGAAGUUCUCUUCCCUAGCUAGGCCAUGAGAACAAGCAGCCAUAGUCAUAAUAUGAGGAACUUAGAGGCAAACAGCACGAUCAACCGUUCACAAAGAGCUGUAUACAAUUGUUCUACGCAGCCACGGAUGAUCAGUAUGGAAAUUUUUCUUGUCUACUAUUUUGUUUAACAAUGGGGAUAAUCAUCCUUGAUGCCUUGAGGAUGGUUCUAGAGCAGAGGAUCACUAGCAGGAAAUAAACCGUAGAGUGCCUCAACAAAUUUUUCCUUUAAAGUUUUGCAGGUUCCUCUUGUACGUUCUAAGUUGGAGACUGGAGAGCAUGUAUCAGAACUCUGGUUAUUAUUGCAAGCAUGCUAUUCUAACACAUCUUUUCCUCAUAUUUUGUCCCACUGCUAGCAGCAAUGAUUUGUCUGAAAAGAAUCAGGCUUCACUA